UUUUACUCCAAGAUACAAGUUUUACUGUUUUAGAGAUGUGAAUACAGCGGUGAUGGAGUUACUGAUUAUGGCGUACGCACUGAAGACUGCCUGUGCCAGGAAUAUCAUCGGCGUCAUCCCCUACUUCCCCUACAGCAAGCAAAGCAAGAUGAGGAAGAGGGGCUCCAUCGUGUGCAAGCUCCUGGCAUCCAUGCUGGCAAAAGCUGGUUUAACUCACAUUAUCACUAUGGAUCUUCACCAAAAGGAAAUACAAGGCUUUUUCAGCUUUCCCGUGGACAACCUUAGAGCCUCACCUUUCCUGCUUCAGUAUAUCCAGGAAGAAAUUCCAAAUUACAGAAACGCAGUCAUUGUAGCUAAGUCUCCUGACGCUGCAAAAAGGGCUCAGUCCUAUGCUGAGAGACUGCGCCUGGGGCUGGCUGUGAUCCACGGAGAAGCUCAGUGCACAGAGCUGGACAUGGAUGAUGGUCGGCACUCACCCCCCAUGGUCAAGAACGCUACUGUCCACCCAGGCCUGGAGCUACCCCUGAUGAUGGCCAAAGAGAAGCCACCAAUAACAGUGGUCGGAGACGUCGGAGGGCGCAUUGCAAUCAUAGUGGAUGACAUUAUUGAUGACGUGGAGAGCUUUGUAGCUGCUGCAGAGAUCCUGAAAGAAAGAGGUGCCUACAAGAUCUAUGUCAUGGCCACGCACGGCAUCCUGAGUGCUGAAGCGCGGCUGAUUGAGGAGUCCUCCAUUGAUGAGGUGGUGGUUACGAACACUGUCCCUCACGAGCUGCAGAAGUUGCAGUGUCCCAAGAUAAAGACUGUGGACAUCAGUUUGAUUCUUUCUGAGGCAAUUCGGAGAAUCCAUAACGGCGAGUCUAUGGCUUACCUCUUCCGGAACAUCACAGUGGAUGACUAGCCUGGCGCUCCCUUGACCCUGGACCUCCAGAGGAGACCCGCACAGCAGUGUCAGC